GGAAGCAGAGCUGAGCGGCGGAGGCGCCGCCGUGGAGCCGCCGCCCCCUCGCCGCUUAGCAGCUGCGUGGGGAACCUGGACCGCGGCGGCGCGGAGUUGCCCCGAUGAUCCCCGGCGGGCUGCUGCGGCAGAGGCGACGGGAGAAUGACCUCUUCCCGGGAGCGGGGUGCCGACCUGGCCCGAUUCUAUACUGUCACCGAGCCCCAGCGACACCCGAGGGGCUACACAGUGUAUAAAGUCACCGCCAGGGUUGUUUCACGAAGAAAUCCAGAGGAUGUCCAGGAGAUAAUUGUAUGGAAGAGAUACAGUGAUUUUAAGAAACUGCACAAAGAACUAUGGCAAAUUCACAAAAACUUAUUCCGACAUUCAGAAUUAUUUCCUCCCUUUGCUAAAGGAAUAGUGUUUGGGCGAUUUGAUGAAGCUGUCAUUGAAGAGAGAAGACAGUGUGCUGAAGACCUGCUACAGUUCUCUGCCAAUAUUCCUGCUCUUUACAACAGUAAACAGCUUGAAGAUUUUUUCAAGGGUGGAGUAAUUAAUGAUGGUUCUGAAUUAAUUGGUCCUCCUGAAGCUUACUCAGAUCCCCUCAUUGAUACUUUUCCUGAGUGUAGUACAGAAGGCUUCUCCAGUGACAGUGAUCUGAUAUCUCUUACUGUUGAUGUGGAUUCUCUUGCUGAGUUAGAUGAUGGAAUGGCUUCCAAUCAAAAUUCUCCCAUUAGAACUUUUGGUCUCACUCUUUCUUCGGAUUCUUCAGCACUAGGGGCUGUUGCUUCUGACAGUGAACAGAACAAAACAGAAGAAGAACGGGAAAGUCGUAGCCUCUUUCCUGGCAGCUUAAGAUCCAAGCUUGGCAAGAGAGAUUAUUUGGAGAAAGCAGGAGAAUUAAUAAAGUUGGCUUUAAAAAAGGAAGAAGAAGAUGACUAUGAAGCUGCUUCUGAUUUUUACAGGAAAGGAGUUGAUUUACUCCUAGAAGGUGUUCAAGGAGAGUCAAGCCCUACCCGUCGAGAAGCGGUGAAGAGAAGAACAGCAGAGUAUCUCAUGCGGGCAGAAAGUAUCUCUAGUCUUUAUGGGAAACCUCAACUUGAUGAUGUAUCUCAGCCUCCAGGAUCACUAAGUUCAAGGCCCCCUUGGAACCUAAGGAGCCCUGCCGAGGAGCUGAAGGCCUUCAGAGUCCUUGGGGUGAUUGACAAGGUUUUACUUGUAAUGGACACAAGGACAGAACAGACAUUCAUUUUAAAAGGUCUAAGGAAAAGCAGUGAAUACAGCAGGAACAGAAAGACCAUCAUCCCCCGCUGUGUGCCCAACAUGGUGUGUCUGCACAAGUACAUCAUCUCUGAGGAGUCAGUGUUUCUUGUGCUGCAGCACGCAGAAGGUGGCAAGCUCUGGUCAUAUAUCAGUAAAUUUUUGAACAGAAGUCCUGAAGAAAGCUUUGAAAUCAAGGAAAUGAAAAAAUCUACACUUACUAAAGUUCACCUGCAACAGCCAACUUCUAGUCCUCAGGACAGCAGCAGCUUUGAGUCCAGAGGAAGUGAUGGUGCAAGCAUGCUUAAAGUUCUGCCUUUGAAGACUAGUCUUACUCCAAGUUCUCAAGAUGAUAGCAACCAGGAAGAUGAUGGCCAAGAUAGCUCUCCAAAGUGGCCAGAUUCUGGUUCAAGUUCAGAAGAAGAAUGCACUACUAGUUAUUUAACGUUAUGCAAUGAAUAUGGACAAGAAAAGAUUGAGCCAGGGUCUUUGAAUGAGGAGCCCUUCAUGAAGCCUGAAGGGAAUGGUGUUGAUACCAAAGCUAUUAAAAGCUUCCCAGCAUACCUUGUUGCUGACAGUGACAGCACCAGCAUUCAGCCAAGAGCUUAUGAGCUGAAGUUCUUCCCUAGAGAUGAUGACCCAGAAGCAGUUAGUUCUCCAAGAACAUCAGAUUCCCUCAGUAGAUCCAAAAACAGCCCCAUGGAAUUUUUUAGGAUAGACAGUAAGGAUAGCACAAGUGAACUCCUGGGACUUGAUUUUGGAGAAAAAUUGUAUAGUCUAAAAUCAGAACCUUUAAAACCAUUCUUUAUUCUUCCAGAUGGAGACAGCACUUUGAAGAGUUUUAAUACCAGUGACAGCAUGGUACAGUUUAAAGCUCAGGAUACCAUUAGCAGGGGCUCAGAUGACUCAGUGCCAGUUAUUUCAUUUAAAGAUGCUGCUUUUGAUGAUGUCAGUGGUACUGAUGAAGGAAGACCUGAUCUUCUUGUAAAUUUACCUGGUGAAUUGGAGCCAACAAAAGAAGCUGCAGGAAUGGGACCUACUAAGUUUACACAGACUAAUAUAGGCAUGAUAGAAAGUAAACUAUUGGAAGCCCCCGAUGUUUUAUGCCUCAGUCUUAGUACUGAACAAUGCCAAGCACAUGAAGAGAAAGGCACAGAGGAAUUGAGUGAUGCCUCUAGGCCUAAAUCUCAUAGUAUAACAGAGAAACACUAUGCACGGAAGGAUCUUGGGACGUUAUUUGUAGCAGCUCUUGAUCAUAGUAGUUCAGGAGACAUGUCUUUGUCACACAGCUCAGAUCCUAAGUUUCAAGGUCUUGGAGUGGUUGAGUCGGCAGUAACUACAAACAACUCCGAAGAAAGCUUAUUCCGUAUUUCUAGUCCACUCUCAGGUGCUAAUAAAUAUGUUGCAAACACAGACACUUUAAAAACAGAAGAAGUAUUGCUGUUUACAGAUCAAACUGAUGAUUUAGCUAAAGAGGAACCGACUUCUUUAUUCCAGAGAGACUCUGAGUCUAAGGGAGAAAGUGGGUUAGCGCUAGAAGGAGACAAGGAAAUACAUCAGAUUUUUGAGGACCUUGAUAAAAAAUUAGCACUAAACUCCAGGUUUUACAUCCCAGAGGGCUGCAUUCAAAGAUGGGCAGCUGAAAUGGUGGUAGCCCUUGAUGCUUUACAUAGAGAGGGAAUUGUGUGCCGCGAUUUGAACCCAAACAACAUCUUAUUGAAUGAUAGAGGACACAUUCAGCUAACGUAUUUUAGCAGGUGGAGUGAGGUUGAAGAUUCCUGUGACAGCGAUGCCAUAGAGAGAAUGUACUGUGCCCCAGAGGUUGGAGCAAUCACGGAAGAAACUGAAGCCUGUGAUUGGUGGAGUUUGGGUGCUGUCCUCUUUGAACUUCUCACUGGCAAGACUCUGGUUGAGUGCCAUCCAGCAGGAAUAAAUACUCACACUACUUUGAACAUGCCAGAAUGUGUCUCUGAAGAGGCUCGCUCACUCAUUCAACAGCUCUUGCAGUUCAACCCUCUGGAACGGCUUGGUGCUGGAGUUGCUGGUGUUGAAGAUAUUAAAUCUCAUCCAUUUUUUACCCCUGUGGAUUGGGCAGAACUGAUGAGAUGAACACAGUUCAGGGUCAGCUUCACACGUCCUGAUCUCCCCUGGGACAGGCAUCUCCCGCGCGGAGGCCGCUCUGCCCACGGUCACUUGUGGAGCACCAGAGCCUUGGGAUGAAGACCUUUGUGGGGCCUGGGGGGCAAGGAAGGCUGCAAGAGAACAAUUCAUCUACAGUUCCUGUCUGGACAAGAUAUUAGCUAACUUUGCCAGGAGCCAUUAUAUAUACACCCUUAACCAAGGUGUGAUCUUAAUUUAAUCUACAGAGUUCCUUCAGGAAAUUCCUCUGACACGAAGCUCUGUGAAGUUUUACUUGAAAGAAGGACCUUUACGUGGCAGCUAACAGUGCUUUCUGCUAACCAGGAUUGGUUUAUCUGAUCAGAUUAAUAUUUGCUUAACAAUACACUAAAAACACUUCACGAAUAAUGUCAUUUUUGAGGCUUUAAAGUGAGAAAAAAAGAAUAUGCACAUAAUGUCUGACAGAAGAUGCUGUAUAAUUAAUGUAUCUUGAAUGUGGUACCAUAUUACUUCCAUGAGAAGAAAAGGCUCCAUGUUGUCAGCUCUGUACUUUGUUGGUUGAUCCUGCUUAUUUAAAGAGGGGUUCAUAUAAACAGUCUGUGUCUCUCUUCAACCUCAUCUUUCUCUCUCCAUCUUUCCCUUUCCUGCGCUCUUUGCUUUUUCUCUCAUACUCUGUUCUUCCUACUCCUGCUAACACACAUGCAACAAAAAAGGGAAGGGAGUGUAUGUUUCCCCAAAUUGUAUCAACUUCAUAAGGACUAAGAAAUCAUGAUAUAAAAUAAACAUGGUAAAACUUUA